AUGAAUACGCCGUCUGAUAGUGUAACUUCUGUUCACCCCAGAGACGAAGGCGAAUCUCCAGAGCGGGAGGAGAAGAGGAAAAUCAAGAGACCCCGAGCAAAGCUUACUUGCCUGAAUUGUAAGAGAAGGAAAAGUAAAUGCGACAAGUGUUUUCCUUGCUCGUCAUGCGUUAGUCGAGGAGAAAGCAAAGCCUGUCAUUACGAAGAGGGAUGCAAACCUGGUGCCGAAGGAGUGACAGACCCGGGAGAAUACAAGGCUAUACAAAUCCGGCUAGAGAGAAUAGAAGCAGCCUUGACAGCUUUGCGAUCUCCACCGGCAACCUCUCCUAGCAAAGCUUCGCCCAUCGAUACUCACCCUCUACCUCAUACUGCAGAUCAAGAACGAGCCCAUAGCAUCUUGAUUACAUCGCGGAUGGGUUCAAAUCCUGGAUUUCCUGGCAGCAUUCAAGGAAAACUGCCUGAGGGCCAGGAGGACCAUAUCAACCCAGAAUUAGUUCCGGGUUUCUGGCCAAGCAUCGUACUAAAUCUCACUCCAGAGAGAUCCACAAGAUGGAACCGAGAAAUGCAGCAGAUAUUUGAGGUUUUACCAAGUGAACAGCAAAUGGAAUAUAUGUUAGAGUACUAUUUCUGCGAAAUGCAAUUGCUCGUAGGAUUGCAUCUUUCAGUAGAUCCUGCUUGGCUGGCCCAGCUUGUUUGCUUACUUUGGGUAACUUGUCACUACUUGGCUCAGGAUGAAAAGAGGCUUAAUCACGAAUCGAGUAUUAGGCUUGGAUUCACACGAUCGGGAUUGCUAGAACUCGCGUUAAAAUUAUACGAUGCUCUUGAAAUGGCACUCAACUGUUCCAGCUGGCUCUUCAAACCGCAACUUCGUAUACUACAGACUCUGCUGAUAGCUAUUUUUCUUAACAUGCAAGGAUGUCAUUAUACCGGGCGACUUUACGGUCCACCACCCGAUUGGUCCUGUUGCCUGUGGUUUGAGAUAGCUGCUGGAAUGCAAGAUCCAUCGCUUCCAGCCAAUCGACCAAUAUAUAGUGUACAGGUGGUUCGACGUGCUUUCCAUGAUUUACUCCUCUUUGAUACCUACACUAUCGUGAAUUCGAGUGAAAGUCCACGAACUCUUUUUCCGUAUUCGUUCCCAGACGAAUCCAUCUUGACGCCUGCGCCUUUGAAUUACUCCGAAAAAGCGUUAUUAUCCGAGGGGAACCCGAGUUCACGCUCCGAAAAAACCUCAUUCGUAUGGACUUUACACCAGAGCAUUAUUUCUCGAGAGUGGCGCAAGAUUUCUUUUCUCUUAGAACAUCCACAAGAUAUAUCAUACGCAAUGGUCAUUGAACGUAAUCAAGCACUACGAGACGCUUUCACAGAUUUCUUGGCUAUCCAAGUGGACGGAAACUUGACUCAUUCUGAAUCAAACGCCUUUGCAUUAACAUAUAGCUCAUAUCAGCAGCGAUUUUUGCGCCUGCAUCGACCAUUUUUCUUAAGGGGUUAUCGAGAUCCACAGUUUGCCCUAUCGAAGUCUACGAUCAUUUCUGCAGCCAAACAAAUUGCUAAAACUCAUAGAAGGGUUUUACGGGAUAGCGCAACUGAUCCUAUCGUGCGAAGUGCGGUAUUUAUGUUUCAACAUCACAUCACAGCACUCCCAAUCCUGCUCCUCAAUGCCCUACACGACACGUUAUCUCUAGCUGAAAUGAAACAAGAGUUGAUCGAAUCUUCCGACGUAUUCCUGGAAACGUUCAAAUCUGGGUUUCAGAUGCAUAUCAGAGUAGCUGCAAAGGGAUCCGCCAUCGCUAGUGAGAUGCUUCUUGAUGAUCCACCUACAAACCUGGAUAGCAUUGAGGGGUUACUGCAAAACAUUCAUGUCAAAGCUAAAGCCAAAGAACGACUUCUCCUUGAUUCUUCUUCCACCUCAAGCAAAACGUCGCUCUCUGAACCAAUAAACGGCCUCAGUUCAACCGAGUCAUCAACUAUGUCUAUCCAACCCAUGAAUGAAAGUACGACGUCCGCAAACGCAAACAAUGAUUGGUGGGAUUUAGACUGGACUCAAUACCUGCGUGAUAUGUGA